CUAUUUUUUCGGAUUCUGUACAACUUGGACUUGUAGAAAUAUCUGGAUACUUCAGAGUUUUGAGAUUAGGAUAGUUUGGAGUUGAAGUUUGAGUGAUUUUUAUAGUGAUGUGGCGAAUAGUAUAAUUAAUCACUAAGAGAAGAGGAGCCACUAGUUGGGACCUCGCGUGGGUGGUUUGUGUAAAGCCAGCAAUUAGUAUAUGUUAUGCUCCUAUCCAUGGUGGGACCUUUUGGAAAGUUCAAUUAACCUUUUUCAUGAAAAAGAGGUGAAAAGGUUUCAGCUUUUUAUCCAAUUAUUGGAGCCUGCUUAUAUCGAAGAGUUUAGUUGAAGGGCAGCAUUAAGAGAACAGACACAGAGACCUAACGGUUCUGUGCCAUUGUCUCUUCAGUUGAUCAAAUAUUUGCCACUGGAUGUGUUAGAUUUGUAAAUUCUGGUUCCUUAAAUCUAUAGGAUGACAUCAGAUGUGAUUGCAGAUAAUGUGGAAUUCAUCACUGAGGUUAAUGGCAUUUCUAAUGAUGAAUCCCCUUAUAGAAGUUUUAGUGUUUCUGCAGAGGAAAGACAUCCUGCAUUUGAUGAUGAUCUGAAUGUACCUAUUUCCCCUUCACGAUCACUUUCUCCUACUGGAAUUCAAUCCAAGUGGAGUGACACCAAAGUAUAUGCAGUUAAGAAGGUCCAUUCUUGGUUGCAAUUUCCUGAUGGAAGCUGGGAGCUGGUAUCAAUCAUAUCCACCUAUGGAAAUGAGUCAGUGAUAUCAUUCUCUAAUGGAAAAGUGGAAAAAGUGAAAGCUGAAAAUCUUCUACCAGCAAAUCCGGAUAUACUUGAUGGGGUGGAUGAUCUAAUGCAACUAAGUUAUCUGAAUGAACCAUCGGUUUUGUAUAAUCUUCGGUAUCGGUACUGUAGAGAUUUGAUAUAUUCAAAAGCUGGACCUGUUCUUGUUGCAAUUAAUCCCUUCAAGAGUGUUCCGUUGUAUGGAAAUGAUUACAUCGAAGCAUAUCAGCGCAAAUCCUCCAAUAGCCCACAUGUCUAUGCUAUCACUGAUACAGCAAUAAAGGAGAUGAUUCGAGAUGAAGUAAACCAGUCUAUUAUCAUAAGUGGAGAAAGUGGAGCCGGCAAGACUGAGACAGCAAAGAUUGCAAUGCAAUACUUGGCUUCACUUGGAGGUGGUAGUGGAAUUGAGUAUGAAAUACUGAAAACAAAUCCCAUAUUGGAGGCCUUUGGCAAUGCAAAAACGCUAAGAAAUGAUAACUCAAGUCGAUUUGGAAAGCUGAUUGAAAUCCAUUUUAGCGAGACUGGAAAGAUAUCUGGUGCAAAUAUUCAAACUUUUACUUUUCUGACCUGCUAUAUGGUGCUUAAUCGCUGAAGUUCUACUUGAGAAGUCGAGAGUUGUUCAGUGCACUGAAGGAGAAAGGUCCUAUCAUAUCUUUUAUAAUCUAUGUUGUGGAGCUCCACCUGCACUAAGAGAAAAGUUAAAUUUGAAGGGUGUAGAUGAGUAUAUGUAUUUGAGACAAAGCAAUUGCUAUUCAAUUUCUGGGGUUGAUGAUGCUGAACAAUUUGAAUUUGUCACGGAAGCUUUGGAUGUUGUGCAUGUUAGCAAAGAGGAUCAGGAGAGUGUAUUCUCAAUGCUAGCAGCAGUGUUAUGGCUCGGGAAUGUGUCCUUCACAGUUAUUGACAGUGAAGACCAUGUUGAACCUGUCGAUGAUGAAGGGUUGUCUACUGUUGCAACAUUACUGGGAUGUGAUGUUAAGGCAUUAAAAGUAGCUUUAUCAACACGAACAAUGCAAGUUCGAAAAGAUUAUAUAGUUCAAAAGCUGACAUUAUCUCAGGCCAUUGACGCAAGAGAUGCAUUGGCAAAAUCAAUCUAUUCUUGCUUAUUUGACUGGUUGGUUGAAAAAAUAAACAAGUCACUUGCAGUUGGAAAACGCCUUACUGGGAGAUCUAUUAGCAUUCUUGAUAUUUAUGGUUUUGAAUCAUUUGAGAGGAAUAGCUUUGAGCAGUUUUGCAUCAAUUAUGCCAACGAAAGAUUGCAGCAGCACUUCAAUCGCCACUUAUUCAAGUUAGAACAAGAGGAAUAUGUCCAAGAUGGAAUUGACUGGACAAAAGUUGAUUUUGAUGACAACAAAGAUUGCCUAAAUCUUUUUGAGAAGAAGCCACUUGGAUUGUUAACCCUUUUAGAUGAGGAAUCCACUUUUCCAAAUGCCACAGACAUGACCUUUGCCAAUAAACUCAAGCAGCAUUUAAAUUCAAAUUCUUGCUUCAGAGGUGACAGGGAGAAGUCUUUCACAGUAUGCCAUUAUGCAGGCGAGGUAACCUAUGAUGCAUGUGGCUUUCUUGAGAAGAACCGUGAUUUACUCCACUUGGAUUCUAUUCAGCUUCUAUCUUCUUGCAAGUGCCACCUUCCUCAGAUAUUUGCAUCCAGUAUGUUAAAUCAAAGCGAAAAGCUUGUCAUAGGCCCCCUGUACAAAUCCGGGGGAGCCGAUUCUCAGAAGUUAAGUGUUGCCACAAAGUUCAAGGCUCAACUAUUUCAAUUAAUGCAACGACUAGAGAGCACAACCCCACAUUUUAUACGUUGCAUAAAGCCUAACAGCUUUCAGUCUCCAGGGGAGUAUGACCAAGGGCUUGUAUUGCAACAGCUGCGUUGUUGCGGUGUCUUAGAAGUAGUUCGAAUAUCCAGAUCUGGAUAUCCUACCAGAAUGUCCCAUCAAAAGUUCGCUAGAAGAUAUGGAUUUCUUCUAUUGGACCGUGCUGCACCACAAGAUCCACUCAGUGUUUCAGUUUCCAUACUCCAUCAGUUCAAAAUCCUGCCUGAUAUGUAUCAAGUUGGAUAUACUAAGCUGUUCUUCCGAACCGGGCAGGUUGGGGUGCUUGAAGAGACUAGAAAUCGCACCCUCAACGGUAUCGUACAUGUUCAAAGUUGCUUUAGAGGUCGUCAAGCUCGUGAUUACCUGAAACACUUGAAGAGAGCAGCUUCGACUCUUCAGUCAUUUGUUCGUGGUGAGAAAGCUAGAAACAAAUAUGCAAUCUCACUGGAGAAACAUAGAGCCGCUGUUUAUAUACAGAAACAGAUAAAGGAACGGAUUUGCAGGAGGACCUACAAAAAUGUUCAAAGUGCAUCAAUCAUCAUACAAUCAGUUAUUCGUGGGUGGCUAGUCAGAAGAUGCUCUACGGAUAUAGGGCUGCUACAGUUUGGAGGCAGAAAGGGUAAUGAUUGUGAAGAGGUGCUAGUGAAGUCUUCAUUUCUAGCUGAAUUACAACUCCGUGUUCUGAAGGCUGAAGCUGCACUUAGAGAAAAAGAAGAGGAGAAUGACGUCUUUCAGCAGCGGCUCCAGCAGUAUGAAAGCCGUUGGUCAGAGUACGAGUUGAAAAUGAAGUCCAUGGAAGAAGUGUGGCAGAAACAAAUGAGAUCGCUACAAUCCAGCCUGUCAAUUGCUAAGAACAGCCGCCUUUCAGUGGAUGAUAGUUCCACAAGGAACUCUGAUGCAUCAGUGAGUGCAAGCGACGAGAGAGGAGCUACCACAUGGGAUAGCAAUGGAGUGAUGAGGCCGUCUAUGAGCGCAGGCCUAAGUGUAAUAGGGCGGUUGGCUGAAGAGUUUGAGCAAAGGAGUCAAGUAUUUGGUGAUGAUGCCAAAUUCUUGGUGGAAGUGAGGUCUGGUCAGGUUGAGGCUAGUAAUGUGAAUCCUGAACGUGAGUUAAGAAGGUUGAAACAAUUAUUUGAAACAUGGAAAAAGGACUACGGGACAAGGUUAAGGGAAACCAAGGUUAUAUUGCAUAAGCUGGGGAAUGAUGAAGUUCUUAGCGACAAAAUGAGAAAAAAAUGGUGGGGAAAGCGGAACAGCAGCUCAAGGUUAGACUGAAUAUAUAUGGCAUGCUAUGCAAUAUUGUGCAUUUUGGAAUCUGCAUCAAAAGCCUCUUCUUUUGGUGUAUGUAUUUUAUGUAGAAGUUUAAUCAACCAAACAACCAAUCAACAAGCUAGUAUAAGUUUAUAGAGGAAAUGUUUGGGGUGUGCUUCACAAAAUCUCAUCAGUUAAUGCUGAAUCUGUAGUUGUAGUUGUGCUAGAAAGUUGACACCAAUUUUGCUAAUUAAAUUGCAAACCAUGGAAACUGCUGUCGUGGAGAUGGUCUCUUCAAUAAUGUGUUUAUAAUUAUUGUUUUAUAUCAUGUGUUUAUUUAUUUAGAUAAAAUAUUUAUGAAUUUUUCGUCCA